GCUCCAGUGUAACAUGUAAGCUCAACUAAUGAAAACGCUGAGACAUUGGUUGCUACCAACCGGGACUUUCGGAUGAUGUAGCAACAUAUCAGUAAUUGGAAUGACGAAACGUUUAACAAAGAGUACUUAUACAACGUUUUGUUUCAAAGUAUUGAAAGAAUAGCAGGCUAGAUAGCUGAACACACAACACUUUAUGUUUAUGAUACCUGGUGAUUGUAUCGGAAUAUGAGACAACUUUUAUUGAUUUAUAGUUAUCGAUACAUGACACCUUUUUAAAUGGAAGAAAUUACUUUGUUUCAAGAAAACGCUAAGAAUGUGAAUACAAAUGAAAGAAUCUCACCGGUGGAACAAAAUAGGAUAGGAAAGGACAAUUUUAUUAAAAAAUAGAAUAAAACAUACAGACAUACUGAUAGAGAGCAAAGAAAGACCUUCUCGAAAGAUUUCGUUCGGUGUUUGGACUUGGAGGUUUAAGAAUUCCAGUAUGGCAAUACAUGAUUUUUGUUUAAUAAAGUAGUAUAAACGGCACAUAAGGCGAAGCGAAAAUGAAUUCAUCUGCUGCCAUAAGUGAUGAGGAGAUUGUCGACCUCGAGAGUAAUGACACGAUCCUCAUGUUCGAUUCGGACUAUAUGGACAUUCUUUUGAAUAUGAGCGGGAGUACCUCCGACGAAAUGAUCGAUCAUCGAGUGAUAGCCGACAUAGUGAAGUCCGUCAAUCUUUAUUGCAUCCCGUUCAUCGUCCUCGCCGGCAUCAUCGGCAAUUCUCUGUCUUUGCUGGUCUUCACGUGUUCUCAUCUAAAACGAGUGUCGUCCAGCGUUUACCUCUCUGCCCUAAGCAUAACAGAUACAGGAUUACUCGUUAUGAUAUUCAUUGUAUGGUUGGAGUCGGUGAACGUUUCUACAUAUCACAAGAACGGUUGGUGCCAGUUAGUUGAAUAUAUGUCACACGUUUGCGCCUUCCUUUCAGUUUGGUUUAUCAUUAGUUUCACAGUUGAGCGUUACAUCGCCAUCUUUCAUCCGGGAAGGAGCCAGGAGAUGUGCACCACUAAGAGAUCCAUCGGCGUCGUCAUUCUCAUGGUUUUUAUUGGUUGUUCCGGAUAUUUGUCGAUAAUAUGGACGGUGCAUGCGCAAAAAUUCGGUCGCUUCUAUAUGUGUAUUGCUUUACCACAGUAUAGGCAUCUUCUGACAGGAGUCGCCACUGCUAACGUUGUGCUCAAUCUUAUUGUUCCAAUCGUUGCUAUAGCUGUGCUGAAUAUGCUCAUUACGCAGAAGAUCGCUGCGUUCUAUAAUACUAAAACAUUCAUAGAGAAUGAGGUGCAUGGAAGACGAGAAAGGAAUACAUCAUAUAGGACUCAGAUUACCGUUACACGAAUCUUGUUGAUAGUUUCUUCAGUAUAUUUAAUGUUAAACAUGCCUUUUUAUUGCAUCCAACUUCAUCUGUUCAUGAUGAACCACGUGAAGGACACGUGGACGCCCUCGCCGAGCGAAUCCCUCUGGAGAUGUCUUUUUCAGAUUGUACAUUACGUAAGCUUUUCCAUUAAAUUCUACCUUUAUACGUUAUACUCUACAAGGUUCCGAUAUUCCCUGAAAGGAUUGUUUACGAAAUACAAGUUCAUUUGGUCAAAGCGUAUGGACUCAACGAUUCGGCGUAGGCGAAGUCCAACUACCGAACGAGAUACUUUCGCCAUGAUGGAGUUCUAUUAAACAAUGGAACUGUUUACUAGUAUAUCGUUCUUCAAUGUGCCUUCAUAGUUGAUGUUAUUGAGAAAAAUAGGUUUACAUGUUAGAAUAGGUUUGUCGAUGGGAUGAUUGCCCCUCACUUAUUACAGGGUUCAAAUUGACUAAUCUUCAAAGUAAACACUUGUCUAGGAUAUAAAUGGGCCUAAAAAGUUCAUGACCAUAAUGCUCACAAUACAAGAUACGACUCUGAAGUUGGCUUGACAUGCAGUGCUGAACGAAUUAUACCCACUCACUUCUCAACACUCUUACCUCAUAGUAAUACAACAGAAAUCAAAGUUUCAUGGGCUGGAUCAUGGGCCAUUUACCUUUCAUAAGAGUCUGUGUGGGGUUUAAUAGAUAAACCAUUCGUAAUGGGUCUUAUGAGAAUUAAUAGCCUCGG